AUGUGGAUACCUGUGGUAUUCAUUAUAGCUUCGGGUGCCGCACUGGCACAAGACCUCACGCCGUCUGUUUCCUGGAAACCUAACAUCACGUCAUCCAAGGAUGAGAGCAUUAGCGUUGCCAGUGCCGCUCUCGAAAAAGCACUAGGCUAUGGGAUGAAUUACGGAUACGCUGCGGCUCGAUCUUAUACCGCUCAUCAAGAUCCAGACUUCCUCGACCUGGCCGUGACUUCAUGGACUUCGGCAAGGCGGUACACAAUAUCUAAGGAGCAAGCCGCAUCGGGCAUCGUGGAAGCGGUGAGUGUCAUUGACGACUAUAACUGGUCAUUUCAUGAACUCCGGUUGACAGCAACUCUGGCGGGUGGUACAUAUCGGAUGAUUGAUUUCGAUGCGCUAGGUCUCUCGGGUACAGCCUCUGGUGCUUUUCUUGUCGUUUCGGCUCUACUGGCAGAAGCAACAUCCAACCAGACGUAUCUCGAUGCCGCCAUCGAGUCAACAAACUUUAUACAGUCGCAUCUUCUCAAUCCAUCUGACAUCGUACUGGCUUCUAUCUCCUCACAAUCGAACAACCCUUGCUCAAUACAACCAGUGACGUACUCGUACGAUUCUGGGAUCUUCAUUGAAGGAUUGGCCAUCCUAGGUGAUAUUACCCAUAAUGCAUCAACUGAGACCUUAUUGCGCAGUACUAUCGUUGCCACUACAACCAACCCACUAUGGCAAGGAUUGGAUGGAAUCGUUACCACUACCGAACCUGGAGGACUCUUCAUCAUGCGUGCCUUGGCGGCGUUAUACGAACGCAACACGACAUCGUCUGAUCUUCGAGAUUAUAUCAAGGAAUAUGUUGGUGUCCAGUAUAAUGCCGUCGUCGAGCAGGCCCGGGCCACAGACGGGAGCAACAUUUACGGGUUGCCCUGGACAGGACCACCAAACACAUCGUUCUCCGGUGUCAACUAG